AUGGGCAAAUCAGCAUCUAGGUCCGAUGCAUUGAUCAUUCGCCCAAAAGAUGAGGUGAAGUAUGCCGAGAUUCUAACGAAGGUGAAGAAGGAUGUUCCUCCAGAUGAGGUGCUAGGGUGCGUUGAUAAGAUACGCAGAACAGCCACAGGGGACAUGCUCAUUGUCUUAACCAAAGACACUAGUCUCCUCGGGGAAGACGCUGAAGUUCUUAGCAAGGGCCCUCAGGAGAACAUCGAGAUCAAAGACCUCGAUGAUAUGACAACGAAGGAGGAAAUUUUGAAAGCCCUAUGCAAAACAGCGGGCAACGAGGUGCAGAUGACGCAGGAUGCCAUAAAAUCCUUGCGAAAGGCCUACGGAGGGACACAGACGGCCUUGGUGACACUGUCUGUACUCGUGGCGAAGAAGAUCUUGGGGGACCACGGCAAAAUCCGGAUCGGCUGGGUUAAUUGCCGAGUGAAAAGAGUAGAGAGACCAGUUAAGUGCUUCAAGUGUUGGCACUACGGGCACCUCGCCACGAAGUACACGAGUACAGUCGAUCGGUCCAAACUCUGCGUCAAAUGCUCAGCGACCGGCCACAAGGCUUUAGACUGCACGGAGCAGCCGCAAUGCGCCUUGUGCACCGAGAAAGGCUACACGGAGAAUUGUGCCCACAUUGCUGGUAGCAGUAGAUGCCCAGUGUAUAAGAAGGCACUACAUACAGAGGGUUCUCAAUACGGGAAGAUGAAAUUACUCCAACUCAACCUCAACCACUAUGAGGUCGCGCAUGACCUGCUUAUGCAGACGGCGCAUGAAUAG